UCUUCAAAUGGCUCGAAGCCGUCAAACGUAAAGUUGCCUCCAAUGGAUCUGCCAACUUUCACAGACAUAAAGCAGAACUUAGCAGCCCUGAAGAACUUAGAUGAGCCUGUGAACAGCUGGGACUCAUUGCUCCUCUGUAUAUUGUAUAAAAAACUAGAUGUUUUGACUAAUCGUGCAUUCCAAAUGGAGCGAGAUAGCAGCGCUAUGCCUACAAUAGAUGAAUUUCUGAGCUUUUUAGAGCGCCGAUCCCUCUCAUUGGAGAACACUGACAGUCAAAGGCCAUCUCAGAGAGUGGUCAGCAAUGUAGCAGCUACCACACCUACAUCAACAUGUUUAUACUGCCCUGCUAGCAUCUGAGCCAGAGACUUCUGUCACAGGACAAGUACCUGCAACUUCUACAUCUGUCAGCCCCGAGCAACCUUCUAUUGUGAACACCGCCUUCGGGUAUAUCGUCGCGGGCAGCAGUAACUCAAUUGUAAAUCAAAAACAAAACCAGGUGAUAUCUUUAUUUUGUAGAGAAUGCGACAAUUCAAUUAGUAAUCAACUGAAUGCUUUCUGGGACUCUGAGAAGGUACCGGAGAUCUUCCCAGAACAAUUACCAGAGCAUGAUUAUUGUGAAAAUCUUUUUAGGGAAACAACAAAGCUUGAGAACCAUAAGUAUCAAGUCACAAUGCCCAUUAAGGUGCCACUAGAGCAAGUUAACUCUGAAUUAGGACAAUCGUUUCAUUUAGCGCUCAAUAGAUUUCUGAAUCUGGAAAAGAAACUACACAGAGAUGAAGUUCUCUUUUGUGAGUACAAAAAGUUUAUAGACCAAUAUGUUGAUUUGUCACAUGGUUCUUAUGUAGAUAUAAGCAGUUAUGACUUGUCCAGGGAUCCUGUUUAUUUUCUCCCUCACCAUGCUGUCAUUAAUUUGGAUAGUUGUACCACAAAACUUCGUGUAGUAUUUGAUGGUUCCAUGCUAACUGAAAAGAAGGUGUCACUCAAUAACAUGUUGCUCAACGGUC